UUAUCCACGAUAGGUUUGGCAUCAUUGAAGGAUUAAUGACUACGAUUCAUGCGACCACUGCCACUCAGAAAACUGUGGAUGGUCCAUCCGGAAAAGAUUGGAGAGGUGGAAGAGGCGCGGCUCAAAACAUUAUUCCGAGUUCAACGGGUGCCGCAAAGGCUGUUGGAAAAGUUAUUCCUUCUUUGAACACCAAACUUACCGGUAUGGCUUUUCGGGUUCCCACGGCAGAUGUUUCGGUUGUUGAUUUGACAGCACGUUUGGCGACGGAGACGAACUACGAGGAAAUCAAGUCUGUCAUUAAACAAGCGUCAGAAAAUGAAUUGAAAGGAAUUCUUGCCUACACCGAAGAUGAUGUCGUAUCCGCGGAUUUCAUUGGUGACACUCACUCCAGUAUCUUUGAUGCUAAAGCCGGCAUCCAAUUAAGUCCUACCUUUGUCAAACUUGUCGCUUGGUAUGACAACGAAUACGGCUAUUCCACCCGUGUUGUUGAUUUGAUUGAUCACAUUUCCAAAGUAGAUGCCAACUGUUAA